AGAUCGCGAGAAUCUGUUCAAUUCUGGUUUAUUCAAUCGUAUUCUAUUCUAUUCUAAAUAUCAUCAAUAAUGUCGUAUCAGGAUCAGGCUUUUGCUGUUGUUAGCAAGCUCGACAAGGAGCUCGACAAGUAUCCCGUCGUCGACAAGGUCUUCAAGCAGGUUGGCGUGCCAAAGUCCUACGGUGUCCUCGGCGCCGUCGGUCUCUACCUCUUCAUGAUCUUCCUCAACUUUGGCGGCAUCGGAGAGCUUCUUGCCAACCUCGCGGGCUUCGUCAUCCCCGGAUACUACUCCCUCCUUGCCCUCGACUCCCCCGGCACUGCUGACGACACCCAGUACCUCACCUACUGGGUCGUCUUUGCCUUCUUCUCCGUCAUCGAGUUCUGGAGCCGCGCCAUCCUCUACUGGGUCCCCUUCUACUGGUUCUUCAAGGUCAUCUUCGUGCUCUACCUCGGCCUCCCCCAGUUCCACGGCGCCCAGACCGUCUACAAGGCCGUCGUCAAGCCGAUCUCCGCCAAGCUCGUCUCCUCCGCCGGCGUCUCCUCCGUCGCCUCCAACUUGAAAGCCCAGGCCGAGGCCGCUGCCUCUGGCGUCUCCACCGGCGUCGAGAUCUAAGCGUGCUGACUAUGGCAGUGCUAUUGAUGCAGCGUCGUGUGGGCUUUUGCUAGUAUAACCUAUAUAUUCUUUACUUUUACUUCUUUGUCUUGUGACUAUGUUCAUGUAACGAACUGAUUGGAUUCUGUAUACGUGUGCACUAUGAUCUUUACUUGUAUCGAUGACAUUCUGUCUGUGCAUGUCAAUAUGAUUCUCUCUUUAUACUAAACUUCCUAGCGUCCCGUAGUUUAAAUACACAACCGCGCUAAACAUCUUUAACUCUGUCGUUGCGACUGUAUACGUAUAUACUAUGAUCUUUACUUGUAGUCGAUGCCAUUCUGUCUGUGCAUGUCAAUA